GCUGGUGUCUAUAAAUACAUGAAAACAUGAAGGGGAUUACCUGCCAUACACUUCAUCUGUGACGUAGAACCGGACUGGGAACCUUUCCAAUCUGACACUGAUUUCUAUAGGGGAGCGAUAGGGUUAACCCUCUGCAAUCCUAUACACCUCUAUCCGUCCUGCCGGGACUUGUAAUAAUCUAUUAUUUUAUUGAUUUAUCCUUUGUGGAAGGAACAAAAAAAAAAGUGCUUGACAGAAACUUCUGUUUUCCUUUCGCUUUCACCUAGCAGCCUGUGUAGUAUACGUGAUCUGGAGAGGGAGGGAUCUCAGUGCCUCAAUAGUUCUUCCAGGAAGAAGAAUCAUACGAGUCCUACAGGUCCCUGAUACAGUGGAUCCUGACUGGGGUCCCCAUUCAGGACAAUGAAUAGCACCAGCAGCACCAGCAGCAGUAGUCAGGAGCAUGGCUCCCCAUCUCCAGCACAUUACCCUGGGAACAACUCAUUCUCAAGGACUUCGUGUAUCAGCAGUAACUUACAGGACAUACCAUAUGAAAAGCUGACUGAUCUCAGGUUUAUCAACAAGGGAGCCUAUGGGACUGUACACAGCGCCUUACAUUCUGAUUGGAGGAUACAUGUUGCGGUAAAGUUCUUUCCAAAAGAGCGCCACCUAGUGACCAGUGAAAGAAAUAAAAUCUUAAAAGAAGCAGAGAUUUUGCACAAAGCCAGAUUCAGCUAUAUACUUCCAAUUUUGGGAAUUUGUAACGAGGAAGAUAACAUUGGAAUUGUGACCGAGUACAUGCCAAGUGGAUCACUAAACCAGCUGUUGCAUGAGGACAACCCUUUUCCAGAGAUCGCAUGGCCCUUAAGAUUUCGCAUUCUUUACGAGAUCGCCUUAGGAGUUAACUUUCUGCACAAUAUGUCCCCUCCACUGCUGCACCAUGAUCUAAAGACACCAAAUAUUUUACUGGAUAGUGAAUACCAUGUGAAGAUUGCUGACUUUGGUCUUUCAAAGUGGCGCAUGUUGUCGCAGUCAUUCAGUGACCAAAAUCCACCAGGAGGAACAAUAAUUUAUAUGCCCCCCGAGAUGUAUGAGCCUAGCAUCAAAAACAGCAGAGGAAGUGUUAAACAUGAUAUGUACAGCUAUGCUAUUAUUAUGUGGGAAGUUCUUUCAAGAAAACAGCCAUAUGAAGGUGCCAAAAACCCAAUGCAGGUCAUGUUCAGUGUGGCAAACGGCAACAGACCAGACAUCAGCGAGGACAGUCUUUCCGCCGAUAUUCCCUACAGAGACAUAUUUGUGUCCUUAAUACAGAGUGGAUGGGCCGCUGAUCCCAACGAUAGACCCGCUUUUCUAAAAUGUUUAUUGGAUAUGGAGCCAGUGAUUAAAAGAUAUGAUGAGAUCGCAAUGCUGGAAGGGAUACUGCAAGUAAAAAAAGAAAAAAACAACAUUACCUGUGUGUCUACACCAAGUCAGCCUGUGGAAGAUAAUAUACCACUUUCAUUAAGAUCCAUGCAGAGCAGUUGCCCGGUGUCCAGCCAAGGUCAUCCUAUGAGUUUGUCCACAUCUCCAUGCUCUUCACAUGAUAGAAACAGCAUACCGACUGAGGUCUGGAAUCUAAGGGAUGUUUGUAAACCAGCUAAGGAAAGAGAAUAUUCUCCCAUUUCUAUACGUCCUGAACAGGAGUCGCCCCCUACAGUGCUCAUGUGGAUCCAGCAGAAGCGAGAUCAGAUCAUAGGUCAGAUGACGGAGGCCUGCCUGAACCAGUGCCUGGAUGCUCUCAUAUCCAAAAUGAUCAUUUUAAUGGAAGAUUAUGAACUUAUUAAAUCACAGAGGACAAGGAGUGAAAAAGUCCGGAACCUCAUUGACACCUGUGACCUAAAAGGAGAAUUGUUUGCAAACAUUAUUGUGCAAAAACUGAAAGAAAAUAGGCAAAGUGGCCUCCAACCAUUUCCAGACAUCUGAGGAAAUUUUCCUCUUAAGUUUUUUUUUAUAUAAAUGUCAAUAAUUGUCCAGUAAAUAUAUAUAUACAGGUAUGUUACCUGCUAUCAAGUCACUCCUAGACGCUAAAGGGGUUAUUCCACCAAAGACUGGGAGCUGUGUAUGGGGUAGUAGUCCACCUUAAAUCUCCAUUAAAAUGGAUAGACAAUAGUGAUCCUUGGACAACUUUAGGUUGCCAAAUACAAGGUCGGUGCAUGAUGUCUAUCUUUGGUGUUCUUUAUGUUACUGUGUCAUGCACGGACCCUUGACUCCUGCAUUAAGCUUAAUACUGUAUCAGUUUUGCCUAGGCAGUUCCUUCAAUGGGAAGUAACCACAAAAUACAAAUAACCUUAAUAGGAAACCUAUUUACCAUAUAUCAACACCUUUAACUCAUUAGGUCGCUCAACAUGCACAGAAUAGAUUGCUAAUUCAAAUACAUUGCUAAUGUAUUUAUUAUUUUGUUUUAUUAUACAGAGGAUCGUAUUGUUGGUUGCUUCCCUCCCCCCCCCC